AUGAGCAACUCGGACAAUUCCCCAUCUGGUACUAUAGGCUUCAUCACCUCCCCAGAAAGAGCGAACACAGUUUGCCGUUGUUACCAGUCUAAUGACGUAUUGUAUGAAUAUACUGCUACAACCUUCAAGAAGACCUCACGCCUUCCUUUCAAUGAUCCGUAUCCGGAUGGCACUCCUUUUAUAUGGUCUAGAUCCUG